AGGUGGUGAAGCCCAAACCUCUCGCAAACAAACCCCCGCUGCCCGCGCGACGCUCGAUUCCGCCGCCGGCUCCCAACGCUCCCGACGCACGAUUCCGCCGCCGCCCGCGCGACAUAGCAGUUCUGCUUUGCCUGCUUGGGGGCAUACAGUUGCGGGUUCGGAUCUACUAAUUUCACUCAAGGUCCUGAUCUGAGUAGAAUUCGAUGGAAUCGGAGGAUCUAGUUGUGCCCACAACUACUUCUGAGCCAGUGGAUGUGCUGACCAAGCCACUCCCGCCCACCAAGCCACCAUACCUUCCAUACAAAGAGGACAAAGAAAAGCGGGACAAGGAGGAGGAACGGGCAGAGAUUGAAGCCGCGGAAGAGAAGUGACACAACAUUAUGCUAUCAGGCAUGGAAGUCCUGAGGAGGACGGGCCAGCUUAUCGAAAUCGUGGACUGCAAGAUUGAUGUGCGACUCUUGGUCAACCGCAAGAGUAACUGUGACGAAAUCAAGUGGGGAAAUGAGCCUGUUGAUAAAGAGAUUGUGCUCGAGAGAGAAAAUGCCCUCUGGAAUGCUGCUAUGGAAUAUCGGAAAGUUCAUAACAUGGCUUCUGAGUAUGAUUUGAUUCCCAGCAAUAUGACCCUAUUUCCUAUAAUGUCAAAGAAGUGCACGUGGUACCAUUGCAAUCUUGUGGGCUGUCAGAAAGAGUUUCCUUCAAAAGGGUUGCAACAAUAUUUCUUUCUUGAGGUCAACAUGACUGGAGGGAAGACAUACAAUGUGACGGCAUGCAUUACACUUGCUGAUGAUGACGUUGACAAUACAUGUAAGGCAUGUCCUUCUCAUAUGGGCAUUUUGCAUCCAUGCAAAGGCGGAUUUGCUUUUGGGUGCAAAAGAAGGCCCAAGUAA